UUGCCUUGCCUCGCCUUGCUUUGCCUGCAUUCGUUUUUUCGCCCGCUUUUUUGUUGCCUUUUGUUUGUGUGAACUGGAUUGGUGCGAGCGACAAUGGCUGACGGAGAUGAGGAUGCAGGCUGGGGCUUUGUGGUGGCUCACCACGACUUCCCAGCGCAGGAAAAGGGGGAUCUCAAGCUCACUCAAGGAGAUGUUGUGCGUGUGCUCCAAGCCACCAAUGACGAAUGGCUGGAAGGUGUGCUCGGAGACAACCAAGGCAUAUUCCCGCUCAACUUUGUGAACCGCACCGAUCCACCCAACAACGGCCGGGCAGAGGCAACUGAAUCCCACACGGCAGCUGCAGCCAGCUCAGACCUCUCCUUCAGAGCAGGCGAUACAAUCGACCUCCUACAACGGCCAAGCGCCACACAUUAUCGUGGCAGACUCCAUAGCAAGGAGGGGCUGGUUCCCACAAGCAAGAUUCGCGUGACAACUGCACUCGUCCCGUACGCCAUUGCAUCCUUCGAUUUCGACGAGGGGCAGGCGGGGGACUUGGAGCUGCGCAUUGGUGACAAUAUUGUGCUGCUCAAGCAAGUCAAUGAUGAAUGGCUGCAAGGCUACUCGCGCCGCACACACAAGAAAGGGAUGUUCCCUGCCGCCUUCGUGGACGUGAAGGUCACUCUCGAUGAAGCCUCUGUGAUGCAUGUAAAGACGGCACCGCCGCCCGCGCGCAAAGCGUCGCUCGGCAAGCACCCUGCUCCAUCCAAACCCCCGCCACCUGCCACGACGCCACCGGCAAGGUCGUUGCCGCCGCCAAGAAAGAGCCCAAAGGCGACGCAGAGGCGGCAGUCCAGCACGAAGACCAGCCCGUCGUCGUCCCGGCCAAAGGGCGCGGCGGUGGCGCUGUACGACUACACCAGCACCGAGCAGGGCGACCUGCAGUUCCACGCGCACGACGAAAUUGUGCUGCUCAAGCAAGUCAACCCAGAGUGGUACGAAGGCUUUGUCAGGACUCAGCCCGCGGUAAAGGGCAUUUUUCCCGCCAACUUUGUUCAUGUGACCAAGGAGAUACCGCCCUCACCUGCGCCGUCGCCGCAGCAAGCACGCGCGCCCGCACCUGCUGCCAAGGCAAAGCCGCCCCCGCCCAAGCCACAGCCACAACCACAGCCCAGGCAGUCAGCAGCGCCCCCUGCGAAGCCAUAUGCGCCACCCCCAAAGCGCGCGUCUGCCACGCCGUCGAGCACCUCAGCCCAGGCGCCAACAGCAACUGCCAGCACCACCACAGCCACCCCGGCGCCGAAACCCAAGCCCAUCCCAAAGCCAAAGGCGAAGCCAAAGCCAACCCCAAAGCCACCGCCACCUGCACCAGCCGCUAAGACGGCGGCACCACCACCAGCAACGGCAGUAACCACCGCCCGCACAACCACCACCACCACCACUGCACCAGCCGCACCAGCUGCACCAGCAAUGUCAGCAGCAGCAACAGCAGAGCAGGAGAGGAGGAAGCCUUCCCCGCGUCCACCGCCAUCAUCCAACCACCCGCGACACGGGUCGCCAGACCUCAAACCAAUGCGCGCUGCGCCGACUCCCACGCGAAAUGCACCCCGCCCGCCACAGGCAACGGCUGCACCAGCAAAGAAGGCUGUGCCGUCUGUCUGCAGGCCACCAGGGGCUGUACCGCUGCGCCGGGCACCGUCGACGCGUCCCGCAGCAGAAACCGUGCAGCAACGCAGGCUCUCCAUGGGCAAACCAGAAAAGCCGCAGACGAAGCCAAGGCAGACCCAUACACAGGCGCCAGCCAAGCCAGCGCCACGGCCGCGCCCACAGCCCAAGCCGCGGGCAGAACGACCCGUUCGUCCGCGCAGCAGAGUCCUUUCCAUGUCCAUCCAGGAUCAAUCGGCAAAGCAACUCUCGUCCGUUCACGAGGAGCCAGAAGAGACACUUGAGGAGCAGAUUGCGCGGCUGGAGGCAUUGCAUGACGAGGCCCUGGAUCGUGAGAUUGGCUUUGAAACCCUUCUGUCUGUGAUGACGGAUUUGGAUGACGAUCAGCGACAGGAGAAGGAAGAGCAGCUUGAAGCCGCGCGAAGAGAGGUCGCUGAUCUGGAGGAACAACUUAACACCCUCUACGCCCAGCGCGGGGACGUGAACGAAGAAGAAAGCGACAUGAGCCUGUCCGAAUCGCAAAUCUUGCCAAAUGGACGUGACCUUGGCAGCGUUAAGCAGGCCAUCAGCGAACUUAACGCCCGCAUCGAGGAGCUUGAACAGGAGCUGGCUGACGAGAAGAAGCAGGCCAAGGCAGCGCAGAAGCUUGCUGACCUGGCGUCCCUUGAUACGGCAACGGCGAAGAUGGACGUGUCGCAGGUGCAGGCCGAGGCGCAGCGCCACCAGCAGCUCAUCCAAACAAAGGAGCUCUUCAUCUCCAGUCUUCAGGCAGAGCGAGAAGGGCUCAUCGCUCAGAUCCCUGAGCAUCUUCGCCAACGCGAUUCGAUGCUUGUGCGCGAAGUUGAGAUGCUUGAGCAGGUGGCGGCGACGGAGGCCGAGCAGCACGAGCUGCAGGAGAAGAAGGCAAAGAAGCGCGCAAACGUGUCGAAGGAACUCGUGGAAACAGAGGAGGAAUACCUGGACAACCUUCUCCUCUGCAAACAAGCGUAUCUGGAUCCAGCCACGGGCCUGCCGUCGAAGACCGGCUUUGAUGUUGCCAUUCUAUUUGGAAACCUGGAAGAGGUUAUUGACGUUGUGCAGGCGUUUUGCCUCCGCCUCAAGCGCGAACACGAGAAGCCCGUCGAACAACAGGAGUUUGGCCGCGCCUUUUGGUAUGUGGGUGCUGAGUUCUUGACGUUAAUGGACGGGGACCAUCAUGGCCGUAUGACACACGACACUGGCGACUUGACGCCUCAAGACACCGUGCCAGAGGCAAUAGGCAUGGCGGUAGUUGUAUGGACGUUUGAGGCUGAAAGCGAAAUUGAGGUUUCGUGUGAUGAGAACGAGGAAGUCGAAGUCUUGAGUUACGAGGAUCCAGAUGGCAACUCGGAAUGGGUCUUGAUUCGUCGUUCCACUGGCGAAGAAGGAUAUGUUGCCGCCAACUUUCUUCAGUUCGAUAGCUAAACUUUUCCGCAUGUGUGUGAGUGGGUGUCUGUGUGUGUCUUUCUCUUCGUCUCUGCCUCUAUGUGUGUGUGUGUGUGUGUGUUCUGGGCCCUGGUGGGAGACUCUCACCCCGCGUGUUUGAGAGGCAAUUCAGUAAAGGCAGUUUGACGCGUG